CCAGUGCACCGCAGUCUCAACACAUGACAGAGAAGUCCCUCAUCCGCUGACACCAAAAGAACAAUCAAUCAACUUUGGACUCGUCUUAGUGCAUUGAAAAUUGUGCGUUGGAGAGCGACACUUUUUGUGAAAAUUGAAGAGUUCUGGUCUUCUUCAUAAACUGUCACUUCAAUUUCAACUGAUUUCAACAGGACUUUUAAAUAGGCUAUAAUCUUCCUAACAAAACCGAGAAUGAAGGCCUGUAGUGUUGCAGUUGCAGUGGUACUCGUCCUUGCGUGUAUGUUCAUUCUUGAAAGCACCGCUGUUCCUUUCUCCGAGUCUUUGCAGGUGCUAACGGAGGAGGUUGGAAUCAUUGACAGUCCAGUUGGGGAACAUCAACAGCCUGGCGGCGAGUCCAUGCGUCUGCCUGAGCAUUUCAGGUUCAAGCGUCAGAGCCACCUCUCGCUGUGUCGUUGGUGCUGCAACUGCUGUCACAACAAGGGCUGUGGCUUCUGCUGCAAAUUCUGAGGACCUGCCUGCAAUAAAACCAUCUUAUUAACGUAUUGCCUUUAAUUGCCCCCCUCUUCUUCUACAUUUCCUUUGGACUCUGUGGAGAAGAUGCAGUUUCAUUGAUGUCUUUCUCACUGCAACCUCAGUCUUGUACAUAAAUGUUUUGUAUCAUGUUGUAUAACAUGUUGUAUAGCCUAGUGACACAGGAAAAAGACAGCUAAUUGAAAUAAUAAUUUAUAUUAUGUACAUUUUGUACAUUUUCUUGUACAUUUUCUAGUUUGUACAUGUUGCAAUGUUUUCUUUCUGAGAUGUUGUUUCUGUAACUAUGAUAAUGAAUUAUAAAAUCACUUCUUAUUGUGACACUUUUAAAAACAAUAAACACAUUCUUGGAAUAACAAA